AUGGCGCGACGGAUCUUGGUGAUAAUUUGCAUGCUCUCGCUGGCCAUGUUCGCCGUCGCCCGGCCAGUGACGACCACCGGCUGCGAUGAGUUCACCCAGACACAAUUCACCGACGCCGGAUCGCUGUCCUUGCUUGACAUGCUCUGGCAGGCGCCGCACUACAUCACAUCAAGCCUGCAGAUGCCGUCGACGUGGCAGGCCUCCUCGCGCGUGCAGCCCAUCUUCUGGUCCUCUGCUUUGGACACCAUCACGCAAACCUCCCUCGACGCCGCGUCCAUGUCCAAGUUGAUAGACGACGGUCUGGACAAGGUCAAGAUAUAUCUCUUGUUGGUCGUGGUCAGUAGCGCCGAGCGCAUAUCUGGAAGGGAGUCCAGCUGA